CAUUUAGACCUGACGCUCAGCAGCAGACCUUGUGCUGAGCUUGUCUGACCUCAGUUUCCCCUACUUUCAAAUAGGAGUCAUGCUGUCCUGCUUUUGGUUCUUCUCCAAGCACAUCGGCCCUGCACUGAUGUCCCUGCCCUGUGUGUUACACAGAUUCACUGCCCCACGGUGCUUGGCCUCCAGGUAUCCUUUAAGUCCCCUACUGGCCUCCCCUCGACGCCUCCUGGCCUCGGUGGCUUCCUCCCAGGGCUCCACUGGGCCUGCCAGAGUGCGCCAGAACUUUCACCCAGACUCCGAGGCUGCCAUCAACCGCCAAAUCAACAUGGAGCUUUACGCAUCCUACGUGUACCUGUCCAUGGCUUACUACUUCUCCAGGGAUGAUGUGGCCUUGUACAACUUCUCCAAGUAUUUCCUUCGCCAGUCCCUGGAGGAGAGGGAGCAUGCAGAGAAGCUUAUGAGACUGCAGAACCAGCGAGGAGGCCGGAUCUGCCUCCAGGACAUCAAGAAGCCAGACAAAGAUGACUGGGAAUGCGGACUGCGGGCCAUGGAAUGUGCCUUGCUCUUAGAAAAGAGUGUAAACCAGUCCCUCCUGGACUUGCAUACUCUGGCCUCAGAAAAAGGAGAUCCUCAUUUGUGUGACUUUCUGGAAACUCACUACCUGCAUGAGCAAGUGAAGUCUAUCAAAGAAUUAGGUGACCACGUGCACAACUUAGUCACUAUGGGGGCUCCAGCCGCUGGCCUAGCGGAGUAUCUUUUCGACAAGCACACGCUUGGAAGCGAGAGCAAGCACUAAGACAGAGGCUGCCUACCGGAUACCCCAGUGGGUCCCAAGACCUGGAUGGAGUUAGAGAUCUCCUGUUUCUUGCCCUUAAAACUUGACUCCAACUUUACAUUCUCCUCCCUUUUUGGACUGUUCUGCUAAUGUUUUGUAGAGAAAAUAUGCUUAGCCCUGUGUUCACCACAGCUUUCUACCAACACCAAAAUACUAAUAUUUUCCCAGCCUGAAAGAUAGCCCAGAAUACUCUGGUAUGAAAGGGAUGGGAGACAAAACACUUAAAUUAGAUACAAGAGUGUGUUCUUUGAAUAUUAUUAGCAAAUGUUGUUCCUAACCAUAAACCUAAACUGAACUUCCAUGAUCUUUCCAAUUCAACAAUCUAUACUGUCUUCAAAAUCUUAUGCAAAGUGGUCGGUGAGAGAAAUGUAUAAUAUAUCAUUGUAGGACAGAGAAGAUAUAGAGUACUUAGAAAAUC